AUGGCUGCGUUUGUCAGAGUCUCGGGGCCGCCAAACAGUAACUUCCUUGUGGGAUAUCCGGGAAUAUCGGCGAGCCUGCCGAGGAUAGAGGGCAAGGUUGAGAUUAGACCCCUUACUGGUAUCUCUGCGCCCGUCUCGAUAUCCCUCGUGAGAAUAUGUUUACAAAGACGAGAAACGAUACACCCUUCGGCCGAGUCAAUCGCGAAGAAACACUUGGGGACCCCUCGGAGGGAGACCACCGAUGUUGUCGGGAAGGAGUUGUUAUUGUUCAGAUGCCCGUCAGGAAAAGAGUCUGAGAGCGUCGUUUUAAUGGACCUGCCAUUUGUUUUGUUCAUACCGUUUGGAAGAGGGGGGCAAGAGAGUAAUCGACGGAUACCUCCUGCAUCAUUACAACUCCCGAGUCGGACGGCGGAGACGUACUAUGAGCUGGUAGUGACAGUCCAGCAAGGGCAGGACCAAAAGAAGUUUGCGUUUCCAGUACCUAUACAAAGAUACGAUACCCUGUCGACCUUCGGGAUGUAUAAUCGACCUGAAGCGGCGGAGAAGACGGCAGAUCAUCUAGUUACGUUGGGCAUAUCGUUACCGCGAUGGUCCUACGGCCCGCUUGAUCCAGUGAGCGUCUACAUAAAAAUAUCGCCAAACCCCGACUGGUUAAAUAAAGCGAAGAAGAUCGUGAUACAAAAAAUUACAAUUGGGAUAGAGGAGGAAAUAACAUAUAAUCCAGAAGGCGACGAGCCCACGAAAAAGGUCAAUCGAAUAGCAAAACACACUCAAAAUGUUGGGGUUAAGCUACCUGAAGCGGGAUACUUUACAAAUCUGGGUCUUGUGUUCCCGUCCAAGGAACUGCGAGACGCAGACGGUAUUAUACGUCGUGGGAAGGCCGGGUUUCCCAUGUACUCGGUCAACUCGUUCACCACUUCAGCAACUCUUUAUAAAAUUGAAUUUUUUCUAAUAAUCAAGGCACACAUGUCUGCAGCGAGAGACAUAACCUUACGGCAACCGAUCGUGGUCUGUCCGCUUGACCAGCAGGACUGCAAGGAGGAAAUGGACGCUAUCGAGCAAGCCGCGAAGGAUGCUUUUCAUGUUGAUCCUCAUAAUCCGAUGCUGCCAGCCUGUACGAUAAUUCGUGCAAAUGACAGAGAUGCUCUACAGGCUCUGGGAUGGGCGAUGGUUGGCGGACAGCGAAAAAUGGUCAUCGAAUGA